AUGUCUCUUUCUCUUUUUGGUGUUAAGAAUAACUGGCAUAAGAACGGUAUCUGGUGGUUCUCCAAAAUUUUAAAUAAAACUGUCGGAGAAGAAAGAUACGAUGCUCUUAGAGUCUAAAGAAGAAUCUGGAGUAUGAGAUUUUACUAUGCAAGACAAUAAUGUUUAUAUGAACUUUUCGUUGAUCACCCCGAUCUUGCAUAAUGGACUGGUACUUAUCCCAAGGUUGAUUCAUCUCACGGUUUCCCCUUCUACAGCACCUAUGAAAUGUACAGAGAUUUCUAAGAAAACACAUUGAACUCUGAUGGUUCUUUCGCUUAAUGGAUUACUCUUGUUUGCGGUAUCUACGUCAUUCACGUUAUUUACAACUAUAUGAUUCCUUACUAUUGGGUAAGCACUCCUUUAAAGAAUGAUGAAUUCACAAGACUCAGAAUGAAGGAUUACAUAGCUUCUACUGUCUUGGAAGAAGUUUAUGGUAUUUCAUAUGCUGAAUGGGGUUGGUUACCUCAUGAUUUUGCAUACAACAGAAUGAGAGGUCUCGCUGGUUACAUGCACCCUGAUGAUCCUAGAGCUAUGUGCACUUCCACUUUCCACAGAAAGCACAAAUACAUUGAACACGAAGUUGAAAAGGUUGGUGACUACCACCACAUGACUUAUCCUAAAUGA